UUGAGAUCCGCGCCGCGGGCGCUUCCGGACUCGCGGUCUCGCCGGCGAACGGCUCUUGGAGAUGCCCGCCGCCGCGGCGCGCUGCCCCCUCCUCUGGCGGGCUCCGGUGGCCCCCUCGCGGCCCUCCGUGGCACCGUCUUCCCCUCCGUCAUGCGGCGGCGUCUCGGCGAGGGCGCUGGGGGCGGCGGUCGGCGACCGGUGUACGGCGGGCUGCUGCUCGACGGUGCUCCAGGUGGCGCGGCUGGUCGCCGAGGCGUACGCCUCCCUCGACCGCCGCUACGAUUCGUGUGACCAAGCCUGAGAAGAGCGUCAUGGAGGGGUUCAAGCGAGCCUUCUCAGCUUCAUGGCCGAAGACGCUCAGGUACCAGGCAACGGAGAUGGGCGGCCAUUUUGGAGAAUUGUGGUAGCGGAAGCGACCGGAUGCACUGAUAAUUAUUAUUUCGAAGAAGUACAUCAGUAUUAUACACAUGGAAAUGCUUGGUGUUUGCCUGUUGGAGGAGACACAACACUGUGUGAACUGAAGGAUGCUGGAGGUCACAAGCCCUUGUAUCUUCUUCCGUUUUCAGUUCAAGAUCUUCAUUUCUCCAUUUGUUUACUGCAAUUUAAUUUCUGGCUUUCCGCAUUCAGGCCCUUAUCUGAAUCUCUUUCAUCUGUACAAAUGGCUCAUAUUUUAGUUAAGCUAGCUGUUGUAUCUAACUUUGAUACACGGCUACGGAAAUUACUUAAGGACCUCAAUGUCUCAGAUAUGUUUGAUGCCAUUGUGGUAUCAUCCGAAGUUGGAUUUGAGAAACCUGCUCCAGAUAUCUUCAAAAUAGCAUUAAAUAAGAUUGGUGUGGAAGCCAGCAAUGCAGUACAUGUAGGAGAUGAUGAAACUGCGGACAAGGCGGGGGCUAAUGCUAUUGGACUUGAGUGCUGGCUGUGGGAUGAGGAUGUGAAGACAUUUUAUGAGAUUCGGGACCGAAUUCUCUAACAGAUCCACAAUAAUUGCAGAUUUGGCUACAAAAUCAUCGCUUCUUUUUUUCCCUCCUUUUUUAACGGUUGCGUUCUGCUUUCAUGUAGUAAGCUCAUAUCAACAGUAAUAUAAUUGUUCUUCAAUUCAUAUUGAGCUUCUUUUCCUCACAGGCAGCAGAGCAGAUGAGUACUUGAUGUGUACUAGCUUGCAAAUUGCAAGCUUUUUUUUUGUGAAACCAAAUUUCAAGUAAACAUUAUUCUUAAAUAUAUUGUGUACAGACGUGAAAGUGCA